GCAAUGGAAACUGUAUUUACAUUUCAAACAUUUAUUUAAAGUAUUUUGACAUUUGUUUUAUCGGCAAUUUAUGUCCAAAAGAUUAACUGAUUUGCGGUCACUAUUUGCCGAAUAAGACACACCGAAAUUACUGGCCAACAAUGGACGGGUCGUCUACUGAUACGUUUCAAGAGAUUCAAGAACUGAGAAGAAAACAAAAUUCAUUGAGAGAGCGAAUGCAGAGGAGGAAGAAAGUGAGAGAAGAUAUAUUGACCGGUAGUGCCGUUUGUGGCCAAACAACACAAACCGUGACCGACAACACACCCAUCACUGACACUCCGGUGAUCGACAAAAGCAAAUGCGAACAAAUGGAGCGAAAACUGUUGCACUUCUUGUCGGACCAAACAUUAAGACUUCCCAUAGAUUCUCAUGUUUUAUAUACACAUAUUAGCAAAACUUGUGACCAAAUUGAUGAACAAAACUGUCAUCAAAUUGUCAAUGAUUUGUUACAGAAGUUUCUACUUCAAGAUAUGAUUGUAAUGUCAGAAAAUUUAAAGACCAAUAUUGAGUCGACCACAGUUGGUAUUGUCUACAGUAUUACAUCUAUAGAUCACAUAAAAUUAAUGACAUUUGCACAAGAAGUGAAUGCAAUCAAUGGUUCUGAAGAAUCUAAGACAACUAUUGAGAGCAGCGGUGAUAAUAAUGCGAUAUCAGAUGAAAGGGAUGCGAAACGGGUUAAAAUUGAUAACAAAACUGAUGAUAAUUUGUUGGAAAGUUUGUUAUCAUUGCCAACAAUAAGAGAGAAACAAAGCAAACAAAUGGGCGAAGAAAUAUUGGAUCUCUUGUCUCGUCCGACAGCCAAAGAGAGGUCUAUUGUUGAACAGUUUCGAUCAGUCGGUGGCGCUCAGGUGCAAGAGUUUUGUCAACACGGGACUAAAGAAGAAUGUAUGAAAGCUAACCAAACAUCCAGUGCCUGUUCGCGGCUUCACUUCAAGAAAAUACUUCAAAAACAUACGGAUGAGUCGUUAGGUGACUGUAGUUUUCUCAACACUUGUUUCCAUAUGGACACCUGUAAGUAUGUCCAUUAUAUGGUCGACUCUUCCACUAUCAAUAAGCACAAGAAAUUUGAUUCACAAACAACUAAUGAUCAGUCAAAUCAGUUAUUGCCAUCAAAUGUGUCUAAAAUUGAAGGCCAUUUUAAUCGUGUCUUAUUUCCUCCUCAAUGGAUCAAAUGUGAUCUUAGAUUUUUCGAUAUGAAUACUUUAGGAAAGUUUUCAGUGGUAAUGGCUGAUCCUCCUUGGGAUAUACACAUGGAAUUACCGUAUGGUACGAUGUCUGACGAUGAGAUGAGAAACUUACAGAUUCCUGCCCUACAGGAUGAGGGUAUAAUCUUUUUAUGGGUCACCGGUAGAGCUAUGGAGUUAGGCAGAGAGUGUCUAAGUUUAUGGGGUUACGAUAGAUGUGAUGAAAUAAUAUGGGUCAAGACUAACCAAUUACAACGAAUCAUCCGAACCGGCCGUACAGGUCAUUGGAUCAAUCACGGCAAAGAACAUUGUUUGGUCGGUAUAAAAGGCAAUCCUCCAGAUAUUAACCGCGGUCUUGAUUGUGAUGUUAUUGUGGCUGAAGUACGGGCCACAAGUCACAAACCCGAUGAAAUAUAUGGAAUUAUUGAGAGACUAAGUCCAGGAACGCGUAAAUUAGAGCUGUUUGGUCGCCAACACAAUACUCAACCAAAUUGGUUGACAUUAGGUAAUCAAGUGGGAGACGUCCGACUCUUUGAUCCGUUUCUCAUCAAAAGUAUGAGAGACAACUAUCCAGACAUUGCACAGUCUAUUGUCACGGAAUAACCAAAUGCUUAAAAUAUUUAAAUAUUGUAAAUAUUUGUACACUAAUACAAAAUUUUCAUUAUUGCUAUUAC